GUGACUCGUAGAUGCUCCCGAAAAUAUGGAGGUGUUGUUUUCGGUAUUAUAGUAGCACCUUCCAUGGACGCUUUCUCACCUGAUGCAAAAGAAGCAGCCGCAACGGCUGAGAACGUGAUCUUCCUGUCAACUAUAAACCAACUUCCCCGUUAUAUCCUCUCUUCGGUUGUCAAUAGUCGAAUUGGG